AUGGUUGGAGCGGGAGCAACAGCAUAUGCUGCAUCAGGCGGGGCGUUUGGUGCUGCAGCAAGAGCAGCAGGAGAAUCCCCCGAGCAACAGCAUAUGCUGCAUCAGGCGGGGCGUUUGGUGCUGCAGCAAGAGCAGCAGGAGAAUCCCCCGUUGGUGGCGGAGCAGCAGGAGCAACAGCAGCAACAGCAGCAGCAGCAGCAGCAGCAGCAAGCCGCAGCAGCAUGCAUAGAUUGCUGUCUUUCAUGCAUAGAUUUAAAUAUUAUAAUUUGUCUCCUCGCUUUGUUGCUGCUGUGA